AUGGGCAAAAGCUUUGCAGUGGACGAGCGCGUGGUGGAAGCUGUUGGCCAGACCAGAGCACUCUCAGUUGCGAACCUUGAGACCGCGGGCAGACUAGCGGUUCAGCUACUCACCUCGGACAACCCGAGCAAGCAAAUACGAAAGCGCACAGCAUCGAGGACUGGAUGGGAGUGCGAGCAGAUGGAGCACGCAGUCAUCGCGCUCGCCAAGAUAUUCAUGGACGGUGCAAAGGCCAAAUUGUCUGGGCACGCCUUCCGAUCGGUUGUAGCAGGGAUGUCGCUACCGGAGCAGCAUGUCGAUGUGUUGGUGCAACUAUUUGAUGCACACAGGAUCGACAUUCGACAGUGCGUCUCGAAGGAUACGGGCACAUGCGUUCCACAAUAUCGGAACUUGGAGUGGCGCAUCGAUCUGGAGCUUGGUACACGCUUCUGCCGCAACAGUCCGAAGCCCAUUGUGACUUUUCGGCUCGACACUGCCAGUCAAAAACAAAGCGCUACCCUACCGCAGAUUCAAACUACGUGUCUUCGCGUCGACUACGACGGUCUCAAACUGAUGCAGCGUCAGCUAGAAGCUGCAUUGAAUGAGAUUGACUCUGUUCACUGCAGUCGCAUUCAGCGGUACAUGCAAUGA